AUGACCACCGCACAGGAAGACACCGCCAUGGCCGUAGAUACCAACACACUCAACGACGAAAUCCUGCUGGCCGCCACCAACCACGAUCUGGAAGCUCUGCGAAAACUUCUUCGCACCGGCUCCGCAAGAAUCCAGGACCCGGAAACCGGCUUCUCACCUCUACACGCCGCAAUUGCUUCUUGCGAAGCUGAUAGCAACUUGAACGAGGAGGCAGGCGUAGAUGGCGAGGGAGAUGCUGUCCACAGCAAUGCUCUUGAGGAGGAAGCUGCUCUUGCUACCGUCCAACUGCUGUUGGAGAAUGGCGCAAUCUGGAAUGAUCUCGACAAGAACGAUGAGACUCCGGGCUGUAUUGCCUUGAGAAUGGGCUUGAAGAAGGUCUACAGAGCAAUUGUGACUGCUGGUGUCAUGGCCGAGCUGCUCUUCAGCAGACUUGACGAGUACGACUUGCUGCCGGAUAAUGAUGAGGAUGAGGAGAUGGAGGAUGAUGACGCUGUUGUAGGGAUGGACCCAACCCCUAGUGGUUCUGCUGGUACAACGUCAAAUGGACAGAGCAACGGAGGUGCCUCGGCUGUCGAUGGCUUCGAGCCUGUGCCGAAUCCGCCCACAGUGCCUGAAGUUGUUCAGACGGACGAGAACGGCGAUCAAACCGCACCUGAAGUUGUUCUUUCCAACCCAAACGUCAACAACCAGGACUACCUCAAAUCAGAGCUCAUCUACUCUCCUGGACGUCUGCUCGACUCGGACAAGAAUGCUGUGAUGAUGGACUGGGAGACGGAGAUUAUGAAGGCAUCCGCGGAUAAAUUGUGUCCAAAGGAAGGUCUGAGGACGAUGAACAUCGGUCACGGAAUGGGCAUCGUUGAUACCAUGUUUCUCGCGAACAACCCACAGAUGCACUACAUUGUCGAGGCGCACCCUGCUGUUCAAAAGCAUAUGCGGGAGACUGGCUGGUAUGAUAAGCCAAAUGUCACCGUAUGCGAGGGCAGAUGGCAGGAUGUCCUCCCCAAGCUCGCCGAGCAAGGUGUUGUGCUCGACGCGUUGUACUACGACACAUAUGCUGAGGACUAUUCUGAUCUCAAGGAGCUGUUUGAGGAGCACUGCAUCGCUCUGAUUGACCGCAAUGGCAAAUUCGGUUUCUACAACGGUCUGGGAGCGGAUAGACAGAUUUGCUACGAUGUCUACACUGAGGUUGCUGAGGAGCAUCUCAAGAACGCUGGUUUCGACGUUGAGUGGACUGUAUUACAGGUACCCAACCUCAAGGGAGAACAAGAUCCAGGCGCCUCUUGGACUGGAAUCCGCCGGUCGUACUGGGAAGUUCCCGAGUACCGACUGCCCACAUGCACAUGGGUUGGUUGA